CAGGAAGUUAAAAAGUGUAUCAAUGGCAGAAAUACAGAGAACUUGCUGUAACUAAUUCACUGUUUUAUACAUGUAUCUCCAACCUUUGCACAAACAUAAAAUCCUAUAUGUGAUGGUUUAUGUGUUUUUACAUAGAAGAACAAAGGGAUCAUUGAUCAGCCAGUCCUGACAUUCGUGAUUUCUUAGUGAGUAUACUAAUGAUUUUCUUUUGGUAUUGGUAUAAAAAGAGGGCUGAGCAUGUGUUCCAAUUAUUAUUCAAAACAUAUGAGUAAAAGCAAUUGUUUGAAAAUGCAUUUUAAAUGUAAAGUUCAAAUUGUCUGUAGAAAUAUGUUUACUCUUUAUAGAGGUGUCUGCAUUGGCAGAUUGAUUUAAAAAUACACUCCACCGUAAUCCUAAUAAUAUGUUAUUUUGUCGUUCUUAGUGUGAUUGCUUUCAGUAUUAUUCUGUGUUAUUGAAAAGAGAGUGUAAAAAAAAAUAUGGAAUUGGGGGUUUGUUCACUAAACGAUUAGUUGUAAGAUGUUUGUCCAUGAAGGCAAGGCGUUGUAUUUAACUUAUAGUGCAUUUUGGGUGACCUGAUCAAGUCGGAUAUAGUAGAGUUUGAUCAAAUUUCUAAUGCAGACCCAAUGGAAGUUUUCCAAAACGCUUCUUGUUUUGCCUAAAUUUGGCAGGAUAAUUUUUUUGUUGUUUUUAAUAAAAUUCUCAUUUUUGUGAGAAGACUGUAGAGUAUGUAGCUACAGACUGCUACAUUGUGCAAUCACAAUGCUAUGUUUUAAAUAAGUGUUUUUUGAUCACCUCUAAAAAUUUUCUGCAUUCACAAGUGAGCAACCUUAUUACAGUAGUAUUUAAAAUCUAUAUAUUUUUGGAGCGGUUAGGAGUUCCCUUGUAAUAAGGGGAGUCUAGGUUAGGGGGGACUUAGCAUACAGAGGCUUAGCGUUAUGGAAGAUUUAAGGUAGAAGUUGUCAGCUUUCGACAUUCCUGGGAAAUCUAACCGUUAUUCAAAGCGAGGUGAAGGUCUAAGUUCCCAAAACACUAUGUAUCCCUAAACUUUCUGCAUACUAUAAUAACUCUUGACUUUUUAAAGUCAGCAUUGUGAUAUGGCCAUUUUAAAGCCUUAUUUUGCUUAUAAUAUUUAUGAUUUCAUGCAUUUUGCUGUGGGAAAUUGUAAACGUGGUCUACAAUGAUUAGGGGACUGGUAGGCUUUGUAUAUCUUGCAUAAGGGACCGUUAGGUGUAUAUGUUAUAUACGCUAGUAUAGCUAUGUAUAUUUGUAAUUUUGAUUCCUUUUUAUAUUUAUUUUAUUUCUUUAUGCCUGGUGAUGCGUUGAUGAGAUAUAUUUUCCUCUAAGCCACUUUUUUAAAAAUCUUUUAUAUUAUGCUUUCACUUUACACCUUUCCUUCUGUUAAUUGUGUUUUGUCACUCUCUCUCUGCAGAUCGUUAUUACCCUGGUCUAGCUGGCAUCGUCUCUGUGCUGGGCGAGCUGUGACAUGCCCGUGUUGCUACGCUCAGACAAUGCAAGAUGGACUCCCAGUGGGUGGGAACCAGCACAGAGGAACCAGUCAGUCCCUCAUCUCCCAUUGCAGGGGACAGGCUCGUUCUGGAGUAUCGCUCGGACGGAUGCGAGUGCUUUCUACAGCUGACAGAGGCAAAGAGAGGUGAUCUUGAACAGGUUGAAAUACUCCACCUUAGCAGCAAUAAUGCACAAAUCAGUCAGGCUGUAGGUGCAUUGCAUAUCCUCCAUGAGCUCCGUGUCUUGGUCUUGAAAGGUGAGAAUAUAAUUAUUCCAUUUUGCUCGUAGAAUAGUAGUAUUCAGCAUCUUAAUUUCUGUUGCAUGAUCUUGCUGUUUACACAAUAAUAGGGUAACCAAGAAUACAUUUUUUUUUUCAGAAAAAAAAGCAGCAAUGAUAUAUUUCACCGUUCUGAAACAAUUUGUGGAAUUCAUGGUUCUAUAGAAAAAGCAGGUGGUCUGUAGAGAUAUAGAUCCCAGAAGCACACUCUAUACACAUUCAGGGUUAUUCACUGAAGUAAGAAUUCUAUGUGAAUUUCAAAUUUAAAUCAACAUUUUCCAAGUCAUCUAUGCUUUCAGCGUAAAAUGUGAAUUUCACUUUGAAUUCUAACUUUAAUGAAUAACCUUUAUUAUUAUUAUUUUUUUUUUUAAAGCCUCCGGUAGCUGCCUUUCUGACAGCCACUACAGGAGCUUCCUCCUCCUGAAGCGAGUGAAACUCAGACCUGGAAUCAAACGCUGCCAAUAACAGCAUUUGGUUUGAAGAGCAUAACGCUUGGUGGGGCAUGCAUAGUUCCAAUCCAUUGGUUCUCUAUGAGAAGCAAUGGAUUGGAGGAAAUCGCAGGUGAUGUCAGCUUGGGUGCUGACAUCACUUGGGGAGAAGCUGGAGGCUGCAGUGGAGGAGCCGCGGUGCUGGGAACAAGGUGAGUAAACAUUAUCUAAUCUAAUUUUACAGAGCAAAGGGGGGUGGGCAGUGAUGGCAAACCUGUAAGGGAACAUGUAGUCCUGAAAUUAUACAAUUGUAAUUUUUGGGACUAUAGGUUCCCUUUAAGGGGUAAAUAAACUGCUCCUCUGCACAAAUGUACUGUGUCAACAACUUCAAUAUGUCAUGCGUAAUGAAGUUGUUUUGCACCAGUAGUUUAAGUGUAUAUUGGUGAGCUUUCUAUUUUUAAUCUCUGCUGUUUGACUGGUAUUGAUGGGUUUUCAUUUUCUCAGAUAUGCCAGUCUGAUUUACUACCGAUUAUUGUAACUCAUCAGGUAUAAGGUGCAGUAUGUGCAACGGAUGCUACAAAUCAACUUGUUCAUGUAGCUGUGCAUAGAUCAGGGGUGCCCAGUAGGUAGAUCCCCAGAUGUUUGGAAACUACAGCUUCCAUGAUGCUUUGUCAUUUUAAAGGUAUGCAAAGCAUCAUUGGAGUUGCAGUUCUACAACAUCUGGGGAUCUACCAUUUGGGCACCCUUGGUCUCUAGAUUAUGUCAUUGCUUAAAGGGGAACUGUGAGUUCCUAAAUUUUUUAAUAGUAUGGUUACUGAUUCCCCAUAUAUAACAAACACACAUGUGUGCGGUGUAAUAAAAUAAAAGUAUAUGAAUAAAUCUACAUUUAUCCAGCAACUGAGUGCCUCCAUCUUAGCUCCCUGUCAAUCAUUAUUAUACCGUCUGUCUUUGUGUUGGGAAGUCUGUAUAGAGAAAGCAUACCUAGAAGAGGAGAAAUUAAACAAUGUUUAUAUAUUGUCUUUGCCCUGUCUGAAAAUGGAGCAUCUCAUGAAAACACAGGUUAUAAGACAUUUUCAAAGUUAUUUUCAAUGUAGGUACCAAUUAAAGAGAUGUGGAUUUGAACAACAAAUUUUCAUUUUUACAGUCUAACAAAAAAAAAAAUACAUUUUGUAUAUAAAGGGAUAGUUAAACAUAAUAAUAUAAAAAAAUCCUUGGCAGUUUUAUUUUAAAUAAUAAUUAUAAACUUAUAAAAGCUUUCCUUUAAACUUAAGGACACAUGACGUGUGACAUGUCAUGAUUCCCUUUUAUUCCAGAAGUUUGGUCCUUAAGGGGUUAAAAGAUAACAGUUUGGGAAUAAGUAUGGCAAUCAUAACCUGUAUUAUCUUCCUUUUUAUCACACCACAGGUGGACUAGCAAGAGAUGAGCUAGGCAAAUGUCAGCAUGGAUUACUGACCUCUCUUCCAUCCGAGCUCUGUAACCUGAAAAGACUCACCUACCUGGACCUUAGCUAUAACAGUUUCACAGAACUACCAUCCUGCCUCACAUUCCUCACUAGUCUAUCAGAACUUCAUCUUUCCUGCAACCACCUUAGAACUCUCCCAGAAGACAUCAGUAACCUGGUCAACUUGACAUACCUCUCUGUUAUGUUCAACCAAUUGACUGAGAUACCAGCAGCUAUUGGACAACUUCGGAAACUGGAUAAAUUGUACCUGUCUGGGAACAAACUGGAGUCUCUCCCAGAAGAGAUAGGCUGUCUGAAAGUUUGCACUGAGCUGGACCUGUCAGAUAAUUGCCUUACAGGUGUUCCCGAAACACUGUGUGAGUAUUUCUUACAAACACAAUUUUAAAAGUUGAG